AUGAACGCCGAUUCGAAUAAUACGACAUUUCUUUCCACUUCCGAAUCCGUGGAAGAAGGACAUCCCGGUAAGUUUCUGCCUAGGCACUAUUUAAAUAAUCUAAAUUUUGAGUAUUUCUCUCUAUACAGAACAGAAAUGUUAGUGGUUUUCCGUAGAGGGAAGUGUGGAAACUUAAACAAAAUACAAUAUUCAAGCGUUCGAGAUCGCGCUGCUCUCAGUUAGCUCUUAAUGAUAUAAAUUGUAGAUACAUAACAAUAUAAUACGGUUCGCUCGAAAUUUCUAGUUAGUAAAUGUGUUUUUGGCAGACCUAAUGUUUCUGUCCAAUCUUUUGGAUAAGAUUUGUGAUCAAAUUUCAGACGCUGUCCUAGAUGUACAUCUAACUCAAGAUCCGAACGCCAAAGUUGCUAGCAGUAUCAUUAUAGUAUACUCUAGAAUAUCGAAACAAGCGGUCUCCCUCACUUUCGGUUUUAGUACUAUAUGUUGAUCAAUACUUAGUAAAACUGAAAUGGCGGAUGCGGAUACAGGCCGGAUCGACGGAGCAGAUGUGGAAAUAAAACGUGGAGCGGAUAUGGGGAUAAAACGCGGAUUUGAAGAUACAACGCGCUAAAACGUUCUAAAAAGGGUAUAUUUGCAAGAAACGUCGGAUUAUUUAUCUCAAAAUCAUUCUCUAUUACUGACAAAACUGAUUCCUAUAUAGGAUUGCGCUGAAUGAAAAAUCCUGUUUCUGAAUAUCGUAUGCAGUCACAUUUGCCAAUUACCAUUCUGCAAGUAAACAAAAGAAAAUGUGUAUGUUUUAAAUUCAAUAGUUUAACCAGACGUUUUGUAGGUUCAGUUAGUACGUACGUGUUAGCGGUGUUAAAGAAACAAAAAAAUUAACAAAAAAAAAUUAUAUAGGCAAAGGCAUGAUGGUGUUCUAAAAUGGCUGCCUUUGCGGAUAUUUGGUUUGAUUUGUUCAUUCACAAAAUAUACAGGAUUUGGUUUUGUUUGCUUUAAUCGUAUAGAUAGUGUUUAUAGAAUCCUUUUUACCUGACCAUUUGAAAACGUGUGGUGGACAAACGUACAUAUGGUUAAGUUAAUUCGAAGGAGAAGUAAUUUUUUACUGAGAUCUUAAAUUAAUAUUAUUUAUAUAAACUUUGGUCUAUCGUUUUUUUUUGUAACCAUGGUAAACAUGCACAUAAUUGAUCAGUUAGGGACAAGUUAACAUGCCGUGUAACCCACCGUCUAUUAUAGCAAUCCAAUUGUGCAACUGGUUGAUGUACCUUGCUAAUGUCAUGGUAAAGCAAGGCAGAGUCAAAAAAGCUAUAAAAAUAAGAGAGUUUGAAAAUUAUAUUUUCACUUAGAUAUGGGAUGAUUUUUCAAAAAUUAAUGACCUUGAAUUUCUGAAAUAUGGCAAAUGAUGCAUGUCUUACAUAUAAACAAAAUCUCAAAUUAAUCCUGCAGGAACGAUGUAAUUUUAAGGUAACUUACUCUCAAUUAAAAAUAUUUUCUUUCAAGAGUCAGUUUUUUUUUAUAUGCCGGCAAACUUCAAUGUGAUGGGGUAUUUUAUCCCUCCACGUAGGCAUACAAGACAGGCGAGAAGGGGGGGGGGCGGCAAUUGCCUACCCCCCAUUUUUAUUUAUUUGCUGAUUCGCCCAAGAUAUUGAAAUUGCACAUAAAAGAGAUGGACUAGAAGCCUACUAGAAACCAUAUGGCUUUUGUUUUAAACCCCUAGGUUAUAAAUUUAAACUAAUUAGCAAAAUAAUAUGCAGCAUCAGUUCGAGUGCUUUUAGUUUUAGGAGAAAGGAAAAAGAAUAGUUAAUAUUAUAUGAUAUGAUAGUAAGCUAUAUUUACAAUUCAAUUUUUGAUUUAUAGUUUUCCUAUACUUACAGGAAUAUGUUAUUCUAUUAAAUUUAGAUCUGAGAUGUACUUUUUCAUUAUUGUCUUGAAGGAGUCGUAAGACUUAGCGGGUUCUUUAUAUUGAGUGGGAAGAUUAUUCCACACUUCUAUAUCUUUAUCAGAGAGAGUGUGUUUUGUGUGAUUCGUUCUGUUGAUCUUUUUGUGUAGCAAUGACGAAUUUCUUGUGUUAUGAUUAUGAAUUUCCUUAUUGGUUAAAAAAUUGUGAAUAAUUCUGGUAAAUGUUUCAGAUGGAAAUAUCGGAACAUAAACAUACUUGUUAAAUAAUAAUAAUUUAUUUUGUAUAAACUGAGAAAUUUUGAAUACGAGAUUGGUAGGUGUUACCCCAGAUUUAAUUCCCAUAAGCUAAAUAUGGAUAGACAAAUGCAUAAUAUAUUAACUUUAAGGGGUUUAAGUUUGUAAAAUGUCGAAUCGUGGAAAUAAUUGCUGUACAUUUGAUAAUUUUUGUGUUUAAGUGAUCACAACAUGUUAAGCAUUCAUCAAUAACGAUUCCUAAAAAUGUUGUGUUUUUGACUUGUUUUAUCGAUUCAUUGUGGAUUGAAAUUUUUAUAUCAUCUAUAAGUUUCUUAUUUUUUGAUCUAAAAAGAAUAAAUUUCGUUUUCUCUGUGUUAAUAGCAGCCUAGUCCCAGGCUCUCUCUCUAUUCGCUGCUUUGAUAUAUUUAAAUAAGUCUUAAAAGUUUUAAAAGCGAGAGAGCCUAGCAGAUUUCGGUAAAAUGGUCCCUGAUUUCAAAAAAGUGGUCCCUGGCCUGGUUACCAAGCAUACCUCAUUUGUAAAUGGAAAAUGUUAUGGAAAUUUCCUUUUCAUUAUAAUGAAGUCAUUAGUUUUGCUCUAAUGCUGUCGGAACAAUGAAGUAGGCUACGUUUCGCGGCCAUACGGUCAGAAUGGAAUCGUGUUUACUAAAAUAUAUAGCCAUAUUAAAUGCUAUCUAGAAGCUUUAAUAGCCAUAUUAAAUGCUAUCUAGAAAAUUAUGCCGAGUCUCCGACUAAGAAUGUUUUGACAACACCGUCAUGUCAGACAAAUAUUUCCAAUCUCAUCAGCAAUUUAAACCUGUCAAGUAGAAAGCGUAGUUGUGUAUACCAGUAUGGUCUAGUGUUGAUCACAACUUGCGAGUACAUAAAUAACAUCAACGAUUGCUCAAACUCGGUAUCGUAAAUUUGUAUAUAAUCAGUUUUUUGUUGAGCACAUUUUUAAUACAGUUUGAUUUGGUUAUGUAGACAUCGAACAUGUACAUGAUGAACGAACAUUGUCGUAUUUAUAAUUAAAAGGUUACUUGUAUAUAUAAAUUUUCCGCCCUAUUAAAAAUACUGAAAUCUGCUAGGCGUUCUGAAGCACUUGAGCGGUGACGUCACACCUAGGUCCCAGUCUCGUACUACAUCCACUUUUUUUCUCGCGCUUGCUUCAGAACGACUGGGACUAGGCUGUGUUAAUAGAUAGUUUAUUAGCAUUCAACCAGUCAGUAAUUUUAUUCAUUUCAAUUUGAAUAAUUUUGUUCAACUGACAUGUAUGACUAAAAAGAAUGUUUGUGUUAUCCGCAAAUAAUACAAUUGAAAUAAGUUCACUGCAAAAUUGAAUAUCAUUUAUAUAUAGCAGAAACAAUAAUGGACCCAACACUGAUCCCUGUUGGACACCGCUUCUAAUAGUCAUUACCUCCAAUUGUACGUCAUUAUAUUUAACAAUUUGUUUUCUAUUGCACAGAUAAUUUUCAAACCAUUUUUUGGCCACUCCCCUUAUGCCAUAAUGCUCCAGUUUUUUUAUCAGAAUCCUGUGACUAAUUGUAUCAAAUGCCUUUGACAAAUCAAGGAAAAUACCAACAGAGUAUUUUUCUUCGUCAAUUGCUUUGGUAAUUUUGUCUACAAAGUCAAUUAUUACAUGUUCUGUGGAUCUAUUUUUUCUGAAUCCAUACUGAUGUUUUGAUAAUAUUUUGUUUUUAUCAAUGAAUUUUGAUAGUCUGUUGAUCAUAAGUCUUUCCAGUAAUUUAGAAAAGCAAACAAGAGCCGAUAUUGGUCGGUAAUUUUCAAACUUCAUUGCAUCAUUACCCUUAAAAAUUGGUGUAAUCAUUGCAACUUUUAAAUUAUCUGGAAUAAUUCCAGUCGAAAAUGUUAGGUUAAAAAUAUGUGUUAAGGGAAUGGUCAUAAUUUAUCAUGGGGGUGGGGGGUGGGGGGGGGUGUGGGGAGGUGUAAUUCAAAAUUUUAGUUUUAUCAUACUUUUCAUUCUAAGUUUAAAGAAUCAAUUUUUUUCAAUGUAACUCAAACAAAAUGUGAGAAGGCAUGUAUAAAACAAUUAAUUGAACUAAAACAGCAGAUCCCCUCCCCGCCUUCAUAAACUGUCUAAUAUUUUAUGAAACCCCCCUUUUUCCUGGCUACAAAAAUAUGUGACCCCCCAACUGUUUCCACCUCCCCACCCCUCCUGCUAAAUUAUGACCAGUCCCUAAUGGCUUAGAGAUUUCCUUAACUGCCAAUUUGGCAAUGUUUGUAUGAAUACCAUCGUAUCCACAACUUUUUCUUGACUUCAUACUUUUCAGUUCUAUUUCAAGUUCAUUUUCUGUGAUAGGAUUAAGAAAGAAACUGGAUUGAUAACUACCUUUGAGAUAUUUCUCAAAACAAUUAUUGUUAUUACGUUUGAUCUUAUUUGCCAAAUUAGGACCAAUAUUAAUGAAGUAGUCAUUGAAAUUGUCAGCUAUGGUUUUGGGGUCAUCUAUUAUAUUUGAUGAGCAGUUUUCAACAAAGGUUUUUGAUAUUUUAGUAUUUUUCUUUGGUUUAUUAAGUAAUUCAUUUAGUGCAUGUUUUCCACAUCAUUCUAGAAUUUUGCUUAUAUUUUAUUAACUGGUCCUCAUAAUAGGAAGGAAGGUGAUCAUGAAGUUGCUGCAAAUAACCGCCCACUUUCAAUGCUUAAAGUACUAUCAAAGAUCUGCGAAAAAGUUGCUCUAAAUCAAUUUAGCGGUUUUCUUAACCGCACUGACCGCCUAUCCUCCUAACAAAGUGAAAACAAAAAGUAUCACUCAACCGAAACACUCAGUAUAUUAGCCAAUGAUUUUUUGCUAAAAUCGAUGGACAACAAAAAGCUUACUGCUCUAAGCUUGCUCUAGUCCUUUUGGACCUCCCAAAAGCGUUUGAGAGCGUGGACCAUUCAAUCCUGUUAAAGAAACUAAGCAAUAUUGGGGUUUCAGGUGAAGCCCUUAACUGGUUGAAAGCUACAUUACAGAUAGAAAGCAAAUUUAUUGCUGCAAAGCUUUCGAUCCGUAAGCCCGGAUCGAAAGCUUUGCAGUAAUAAAUUUACGUGGUGUUUCCACAAACAAAACUAUUAUAUUUUAUCGCCAUGCAAACAUACAAAGAACUUAUAGAUAGAAAGCAGUUCGUUCGCAUUGGCUCCUCGGUAUCCGAAGUUUUAUCAAUCACCCACGGAGCGCCUCAGGGAGCAAUAUUGUCGUCGCUAUUGUUCAGCAUCUAUUUAAAUGACCUCUCAUUAAGAGUAUCACAAGCAUCUGAGUUGGAAUCAUUCGUCGACGAUUCUAAGAUCUUUAUGUCAUUUUCAAUUGAAGAUAUUGCUAGUGCAAAACAAAGAUAGAAGAGGACCUCAAAUUGGUCGCAACUUGGUUUUUCGAAAAUAAACUGUUGAUAAACCCCGAGAAGACAAAGUUACUCUUGAUAGGAACUCGUCAACUGCUCGGUAAGCUCCUUGAGGAGAAGAAGAAGAAGAAGUUUUAUUGAAAGUUUUAUAAGUGCUUAAAUUUAAAUUAACAUACAGUCAAAUGCCUGUAAUAACCAUAAAAGCUAACUAUGAACAGGCAUGAUGUAAGAUUAUGACAAUAUAGCAGGUUUAAAGAUAAAUCAGUCAGCUUGCAGUAACGGUGAAGACAUAAACUGGGAAAAUAGAUACACGUUUGCAUAUAGCAAAAAAUAUUGAUCAGUGAAGCAGCAACUCAUGAUAGGUUGGAAAAUAAGUAGGCAAACAACCGGAACAAACCAUUCGCAUAAUAUUGUGUUGUAGUCUGGAGAAAGCAUUGUAUCCAAACAGGAUCAUCCAGUAUAGUCCCUUACAAUAUUUAACAUCAUAUUUUUUUUAAAUACUCGAAAGCUAGUUGUUUUUAAUGAUUCAUCUAUAGAAUUCCGAACUUUUGCUCCUUGAAAACCUAUUGAAAAUUUACCGUAGUUAGUCCUAGAUUUGGAAAUUACAUAAGAACUUUUCGAGGCAAGCCUAGUGUUGUAAUUAUGAACGCUACUAACUGGUGUAAAAAAAUUACUAAACACAUCAGGUAAGAGGUGAUUAUGAAAUCUAAACAUAAAUAAAGCUGUUUGAAAAUAAACCAGAUCAUGUAACUUAAUAAAACCAAGAUGAUUAAAAAUGGGAGUGGUAUGGUCUGUGUAUUGAGAGAAGGUCAUAAUACGAAUAACCCUUUUCUGAAUAAUAAAUAAAGAUUCGAUAGUUUUCUUAUAAGUAUUACCCCAAAUAAUAAUGCCGUAAGUAAGAAAUGGAUAUAUAAGGGCGUAAUACAGAUUUUUUAGCACUUGAAGAUUAACAAAAUAACGGAUUUUAGAAAUAAGCCCAACAUUUCUUUUAAGCUUUUUGAUUAAGUAUUGAAUGUGAUCUCUCCAAGACAAAUUACAGUCAAUUAUAAUUCCAAGAUAUUUAAUAGACCUUUCCUGUCUAAUGUCAAUAUUGUUAACAGAAAGAUGUACUGAAUACAGUAUUUUUUUUGUGGAGGAUGAAAAAUUACAAAAUUAGACUUAUUUAUGUUAAGAGAAAGCUUGUUGGCACAUAACCAAUGAUUUACUUUAACUAAUUCUAAGUUAAGUUGAUUUUCAAGUGAAAUGAUUCUUUUAUUUUCAUAAAAUAAAUUUGAAUCAUCAGCAAAAAGAUGCCGAAAGUCGAUUAUAUCCGAACAAUAGUUGAAGUCAUUAAUAUAUAACAGGAACAAUAGUGGACCAAGGACGGAUCCUUGGAGUACCCCACAUUCAACUACUUCUAAAUCAGAAGAAACUUUAUUAACUAUUGUAAACGGUUUUCUAUUGGAAAGAUAUGAUAUAAGCCAUUCUAAGGCAAUUCCUCUGAUACCAUAACAUUCAAGCCUCUGAAUAAGAAUGGCAUGAUUUACAGUAUCAAAGGCUUUUCUCAAAUCCAGAAAACGCUACAAGAGUAGUUUUUCUUUUCAAUUGAUUUUUGUAUUUUAUCAACAAUACUUGAAACAGCAUAGAUUGUAGAAUGGUUAGAUCUAAAACCAAAUUGUUUAUUGUAUAAAAUGUCAUUGUAGUCAAGGUAACUCAUUAAUCUAUGAUACAUUAAUUUUUCCAGUAUUUUAUUAAAAACAGAAAGGAGAGAAAUAGGACGAUAAUUUGUGAGACUAUUUCGUGAUCCGCUUUUAAAAACAGGAAUAACUCUUGCAAUCUUGAAUUGGUCGGGAACAAUUCAAUUCCCAUGCUAAAGGAAUAAUUGAACAAUAUUGCUAGGGGUUCAGCUAUAAGUUCAUUUAUCAUCUUUAGGAUGUUUGUUGGUAUACUAAACAUACCAGUUGAUUUAUUACAUUUAAGCUUGAAAAUUAUAUUUUUUAUUUCAUCACAAGAAGUUGGAGAUAUAAAAAACUUUCUGGAUUUCGAUAAGAAAUAUAAUCAACUGCCAGGUUAUUUCCCUUCGGAAUUAGAUUUCCCAAAUUUUUUCCAAUGUUUGCAAAAUAUUCAUUAAAUGCAUCAGCUAUUUGUUUACUAUCUUCUAAUUGUACUCCAUUAACCUUUAUUUUUAAUGGCACUCUAAUAUUGUUAGUUUUAAUAGUUAUAAUCUUCUUUACACCUUGCCACAGUUUCUUAGUAUUAUUACAUAUAAUUAAAAAAGUUAUUGUAAUAUUGUCUUUUUCUUAUUCUGAUGAGGUGAUUAAGCUUGUUACGGUAUAUUUUUACGGUGUAUAGACGACAAUUACAUUUCUUGGAGAAGAGAUUACACCAACCACAAAUGCCAAAGACCUGGGAUUAACCCUAGACAGUUAUCUGACAUACGAUUACCAUAUCAGAAAUGUUGUAUCAUCUUGUAUGGCCAAGCUGUGUCAGAUAAACAGAGUGAAGGAUAGCUUUGAUAGAGAUAGUCUUCGCUUAAUUAUCAAUGCUUUAGUAAUGAGCAAACUUUAUUAUUGCUCUACAGUAUGGUCAAACACUUCUGCAACAAAUAUAAAGAAUUUGAGAGCAGUACAGAAUUUUGCUUGUAGAUUAUUGACAAAUACGGGAAGAUAUGAUCAUGCAUGUGACACCAGCACUACCGGCAAUUCGCUGGCUUCCUGUAGAGGAACACUUAAAUGAUAUAGAGAGACACUAAUAACAUACAAAUGUAUGAACGGAUUAGCACCACCUUACCUAUUCAAAUUAUUUAUAAAAAGAAAUGAAAUUCGCGAUCUAAAUACAAGGAAUAAUAAAGUGCUACACAUCCCUCAACACAAAACAGUUUCAAGACAAAUAACCUUGUAUUACAGAGCGGUGAAGUUAUGGAAUGACUUGGAUGAAAACCUUAAAAAGUUACCUUGGAAAAGUUUUAAAACUGAGUUAAAGCAGAAGAUGCUAAACAACAAUUAAUUACAUUUUCUGAUAUUAUAGAUUUAAUGGAUUUUAAAUAAAUGAUAAAUAUGUAAUUAUACUUCGUAUCUCAUAGACAAACAGAUUUUAAAUAAACGCUAUAAAUAGGAAUUUUAAUUAUAGUAUACCUAUUCGUUCUGUAAAUAGGUAUUGAAAAACCCUCUCCGGCAAUACUUCAUUGAAUAAUAAUAAUAAUAAUAUUUUUUCUUUGCCAUUUUUAUGAUAUGGUUUAAUUUAUUUUUAUAAUUUUUGUAUAAUUUUUCAUUUUUGCUGUUUCGAUUUAUAAGGAAGGUUUUGUAAAGUUUAUUUUUAUUUCUAACUGACUUUAAUAUACAGUUAGUCAUCCAGGGACUUUUUGUUUUGUUAAUUUUUGUAGAGUAUUGUUUCUUCUUCAGUGGGAAAUUAGCUUCGUACAGUCUGUAAACAUUUCCAAAAAUUCAUUAUAGGCCUUUUCCGCGUCAAAUUGAGUAAUAUUGAGUAAUGAGUUUCCCGUCCGAACUUUCCCGUCUAACUUACCCGUCCAAACAGACGGAAAAUUUAGACGGGAAUCCCAUCUAGACGGGAAACUAGUCUUAAAUUCGAAUUUAUCCGUCCCUAAUUCAUAUUCAGACGGGUUUUAAUUGACACAUGAAGAGUUUCCCGUCUAAGACGAGUUUCCCGUCCCUGAAUAUGAAUUCGGCUAAUAUCAUCACACGACAUCACCGAAUAAAAUAUUCCACAUUGCAAAAUUGUUUGCAGUAAAAGAAAAUUAAGUUUCGGUAAUGCGAUUGGUAGCGAAAAUAUCACAGAUUUUUUUGUUUGCUCUGGCAGAAUUCCCAGUUCAAUACCCCAUUCUCAAUAAAAAAGAGUAAUAGCACUUUCGUUGGGCCCAACACGAAUCUAAUGAAGUGUUUGGUGGUACGUCUAAGGAAGUCUGGAGGAUAUUAGAUGUCAGGGUUUUUUAAAGAAAAAUUUAGAACUGCACAUUUUGUUAUGAUAUUAUAAAAAUUUACCUAAAGUGUAAUAAUUACUAAUAAAGCUUCUUGCGAUUGAUUUGCACUAUCAUACUAAGUUUCGGGAGAAAAGGGUGGUCUUGAGGUCCUCCCCCAGGAAAUGUUUACAUUUUUGAAGCUCUAGGACUGCAUUUUUGGCGUUUUCUAAAGCAAGUUCGCAAACGGCAAAUUGGAUGUAAAUUGACUGUAUUUUACAAAAAUGAUUAUCAUUUCACAAAAAUAAUUACUGUGUUACGCAAAUUUAAGAAAUUUUACCUGAAAAUGUCAAAAGUUUAACUUGAAAUUUAUCUGAUUUUUGCGUGGCCCUGAGUUUCACAAUUGGGGGGUUUUACACCCCCCACACCCCCGGGUCGCUACGUUCCUGGGUGAAAUUCAACUCACGCAAUUUGCUAAAAUACAUGUAUCUGAAUUUUGUAAUUUAAUACGUCUGGUAAUGUGAAGCGAUUUACUCCUCCAUGGAAAAUAGGGAAUGUCCUCCAAAGCUAUCUGACAGGACCUGGAAAGGGUGUAUUUCUAUUAUAAUAAUAUUUGCAUGUCAAAUGUCAAAAAUACGUCAAUUUCUAUCAUAAUUAUAUGGAUAAUAUUUGGGUUGCUCGAAUGGUACAGUAUUAAUUUAAUUGUUAUUAAUUAUUUAUUAUUUCCGUUCUUUAUAAUAAAGGUUCAAUUCAAUUCAACUACUGAAAGCUCGUACUUUUUUCAACUGCACAGAUUUUUUUAGUGUUGCACAAAUUGAUUUAGAACUGCACAUUUUGUGUAGAACUGCACGUUAAAAAAAACCCUGUUAGACCGUGUUUGGGACAUUCCAUGGGAAUUGUCAAUGAUAAUUUAAAAAAUGCUGAUCUUUAAUUUUCGAUUUCUAUAGCUACAGCGGAAAAUGCUGAAUCUGAUGAGGUACGUUGUUACAUUAUUCAUGAAAUUGACAUUGUGCAAAUCCAAUCCGAUCAUAUCACCCCACCAGAAUUUUUUAAGUAGCAAACUAGGACUGGAAAUUAAAUAUUUUUUUAGGUGCGUUUAUAUAGUAAGUUUAAUGUUAACUUAAUAAUCCUCUGCCCCCUCGUUUAAAAAUUUACUGACAACAGCCAACUGGAAAUAUGUUAAAACACUACCUCAGCCUAUCAUUGUGAAAUGCUUAAAUACUAAUUUGUGAUCAAAAUAAAUUGUGAUCGGUUGAAUGUGUAUACAUUUAGAUUUCAUAUCAAAAAAGUCAAGUUAAUGAGCAGGAAGUCAAUGACUCUGUUGUAGCUUGGAAUACUCAGAAAGUACCGAAACGACGUGUUCUUGAACACCCAAUGUAAGUUCUCCCACUGUAAGUUCUGUUCUCAUACUGUAGUUAUAGUUUCUGCCGUGUGCAUAAGAUAAAGAGAGAUUUGAAAAGUAAAAUAAUUUAUGCGUUCGAAAUCUUUGGAGUUGCGUUUCAUUCCUUUGUAUGACGCAUACAUGGUUUGUGUUAAAGUCUACUCUCUCAUGAGAUUGUAAUUAGGGGUUGACCAUUAGAAAAAUAAUGCGGGGGGGGGAUUUUCAGCUCGCACGGAGUAUUUUUUCGGACGUCUGCUUGUGCUGGGAUUCUUUUGCGGAAUUUUAAAGGUAUUGUUCUUUGUUUUCCUCUUUGCAAGCGGAAUUUUUUCUUCUCGGUUUUCAUUUCCGCGAUUUUCUGUUUCCCCCUUCUCUUUAUCGUCGCCAGAUAACAGUAAAUCUCGUGUCUUCAAACAUUACCCAGGAAAAGAACAUCAUAUGGAAAGUUUAAGUUGUGGAAGAAAAUUCUUUACAUUUUUAAUAGCAAAUGAUCUCGUAUGACGGUAACGAAACAUUCAAAUGGAAAGGUUUUGCUUUUACCAAUGGUAAAAUAUACUUUUAUAGGCUAAGUAAGUGUCUGAUUGCCUGAUCUCUUGGUUGGUUGAUUGAACACGUCAUUUGAACAGCUCGUUAAUUGAUUGAUUGAUUUUAUUAUUUAAUCCUUUUCCGUUUACUGUUCAGUAAACUUAACUAAUUUAUCGAAUAUUGUGAAGAAGGAUCCGCAGUAAUUGGCUGUAGCUGUUGCGGAUAUCCUGCCUUGUUUAUAUAUAUAGUAAUUUGUUGUUUCUUCUUAAUAUUGUUACCAAGGCAAAGUUAGAUAAAUUAAAAUUAAAUUAAAAUUAAAUUAAAUAUUGUGGGAUUUGGCCAUGACAAUGGUAAUCUAAUGCAAAUCUGCCCGGUAAUUUCCUGUCAGCCUGAAUAAGACUAUUGAACUUUCGUUGAUUGGCCAUUGGUUGUGUCAUAGACAAUCCAGAAGAUUCUGUCUUCUGGAUUGUCUAUGGUUGCGUCUAUAGCAGUGCAUAUACUUAAAAGUCCGGUGCCUCUGCUAAUGGAGCACUGGUGGUGAAAGCGGUCGGUCCACUCUCCCUUACCGCGCGCUCAGUUAUAUGCAUAUGCCUGCAUGGGUAACUUCAGUGGCGGAAAUUCACUUUUUCCGGUGGGGGGGGGGCGAAGCCUUCUAAAUUUCCGACAAAACUUUCAAAUCUCCGACAAACCCCCCCAUUUGCACUCGAAAAGGCUGUUUUUAGCCCUUUUAUAGGUCAAAAUUUCCGAAAAUUCGUCAUUUUCCACGAAGGUGGGGGGGGGGGGGGGGGCGGCCGCCCCCCGCCCCACCGAGAUUUCCGCCACUGGGUAACUUCUCUGUAUUUCAAAACUCAUGAAAGUAGAGUUUGGUUGCUUCUCUCCUGUACUUUGCAGGAGUUUCUGCGGGCCCUUCGUUUUCCUCUCACACAAAAAACUAACCAGGCUAGGCCUUUGUCGAGAAUAUCAUGAGCCUCUACCUUGUAUGAAUUGUGCAAUCACACCCUGUGUAAUCGAUCGGCAUUAUUAUUAUUAUUGAUUCAUUUGAUUGUUGUAUUUUGUAGUUUACCUAAAGAUGGUGAAAAGAAUGUCCUCAUUACCUCAGCACUUCCUUACGUGAACAAUGUUCCUCAUUUAGGAAACAUCAUUGGCUGUGUUUUAAGUGCGGAUGUAUUUGCAAGGUAACGCAUCCUUGGGAACUUUAAUUUUAUACUGUCCACAACUUUUAAAUGUAAAACAUGAAGGGUCUAUUAGUUAAGUUUAAUACUUGACUAUAUGCGUAUUUGUAAUCUUUCAAUCUCUGCUGGAUAUUUUAUUUCAAAUCCAAUUUUUAUUCUUACUCAGAACACGUCAUUUCGGUGAGCGGUUGAAAGUACGAACUGGUUUAAUUAUAAUAGAUAGAGGCCCGACCAAAUAAAUAAUUCCUUGCGUGAAUAGCCCAAUUUUUUUGUAAUACUUCAUUCACGUAUUCUUGUAUCCUCUACUCUUGUAGGUUUUGCCGUCUCAGACAAUAUAACAUUUUGUACAUCUGUGGUACUGAUGAAUAUGGGACUGCAUCAGAAACAAAAGUAAGUUCUUUAAAUGAUUAGUGUCAGGGUCAUGCAUUGCGGGCUUUUGUUAUUGUUUACAUUUUACUAAAAUACAACAAAUAGCUUGUUUGGUUCAUUUCUGAUAAAAAUCAGACAAAAAGAGCAAGGAUUAUAAAAGGGUGGUUUAAAUAUAUGACGGAUUGUAAAAACUUUCCAGAUCAUCUAAUCUAUUCGUCCCGAAAAAUGCAUGGCCGCCAGCAAGAGUUUGAGUCCGCGAAUUCCUGGUGUGACACUAAUCCUUUAAAGAUGUUAGCAAAAAUGUUCUAUACAGUAGAAUGAAAGGACGCCAAAUAUGGGCUUUUUUGUUUGUUUACUUCAAAUUGAACUCUAGUUUUCUAUUAAAUAAAUGUAGAUGCAUCCAUAAAUGCGACAGCUAUAUAUAGUUUCGUAAUUUAUAUAAUUUAUUUCAUGACCCAUGCAUGCAUUUUUAAUUUUUGCAUGGAAUUCGUGGCAACAGUGCAUGAUGGUCCUUAAAAUUUCAUAUUACAUUAACAUUAUGAAUAGCCCUUAAAAUUUAUGUUGAAAUAAGGAAAAGAACCCCUGUAGAAUUGAUAAAUCGAAAACAACUUAAACAAGGUAAAAGAAGAAAAUACUUUAAUUAUAUAUCACUAUGAAUUAACUAACGUUUCAUUUGAUUAUCAUACCUCCUAUUUCCCCCUAUAUCAUGCCCCCUAAUAAAAUUGCACUUUCAUUGCGUAUAGGCUCUGGAGGAAGGUGUCACUCCAAGAGAGAUUUGUUCCAAAUAUUUUAAAAUUCACAGCGAAGUUUAUGAAUGGUUUAAUAUUCAGUUUGAUUACUUUGGAAGAACAACCACUAAAGAACAAACAAAGUAUAAGUCCUGUUUUAUUAUAUAUUAUUAUGUGUUAUUUUCACAACAUCAAUGGUUUAUAUAUGCUUGAAAUGGGGCCUUCGCAGCAUAUAUAGGCAUCUGAGCAACCUCCUUUCAUUGCACUCACGGGCGUGAAAAGAGGCAGUGCAAACGCUCUAACAAAGUAGUUGGUUUUCUUCACGCCCGUUCAAACCAUUCCAAUUAACAAUGUUGGAGAGUGUUCAAUAAAAAUGUUAAACCAAGUCAGGCCUGAGGUCCAACAUCAACCAUCAUUCCCAUAUAAAUAUGUAAUAUAAUAUUCAAACAGAUCCGACAUUGGUGCAUCCAAUAUGUAGGAUGAUAUUGAACUAGACAGAUCACAGAUGAACGCGACUUUGGCGUUCUGAGGUUUUCCCCAUGCAAUUUUGAAAGCAGACAGGGUGGGUAGGAUAUAUAAAUUAGUUAAUUUAUAUGUGUGGUUGUUUGUCACAUUAAUAGUAAUAAUAAUAGCUUUCAGAACAGCGAAAGUCUGCAUGCUAUGGCUGAUUAGCUAUAGUGAUGCGCGCACCGAUAUAGAAAUUCACCGAUAUUUCGAUAACCGAUACUGAGGGACCGAUCAAUUCUAUGUCGUUUCACAAAAUUCAAAGAUGACAUCAUGACAGUUCUACUUUAAUACUUUUGAAUUUAAUUAAAUUCAAUUCAAUUCAUUUGUUUCUAAAUACUGAAAAUAUGAAAUGAAAUUCCGCAAAUCCAUGCAUGCAACAAACUAGUAUAUCACUGACGCUAGUGGCUGUUUAUUUAUAAUAAAAAUAACUAUUGAACUACAACUAUAACCAAUCAUAAAUAUUCAAUAACAGUUCGUAAUAUCGGUAAUAUCAAUAAUAGGCCGAUAUCGAUACUCGAUAUACACCGAUAUGGAUAUCGGUGCAUCACCAAUAUUAGCAUUUCAACAAAAUUAUAUAGUGUCCACAAUCUCAACAACAGUUUUAUACGAAAAUAUUCAUUAUUACAUUUUUCUUUAGAAUUUCUCAAGAUAUUUUUUGGAAGAAUUACCACAAUGGCCUAACACUGGAAAAGAUAGUAGAACAGCUACACUGCGGAAAUUGCAAUAGGUAAGGCAAUCAAGAUUCGGAAAGUCUAGGGUAACCUUGGAAUUAGUAUGUCAGGAUCUCUGAGAAAAAUUAUCCCAUUUGUUUUUUUUUUAAUGUUAUUAAAAUAAGUAGUAAGCUUAAGGUUGUUAUCAUGAUUCUAAGUUUAGAAUCUAAAUUACUAAAAGUUCCUAGCUUAAUUGUUUUGUUGUGUAUAUGCAAUUACCGUCACAAUAAUAUCAUAUUAAUGCAUAAUAAGUUACAGAAAACAAAUUUAACAACAACUUCAAUUGGAUAUAGUUCUUUUCAGAAUUCUCCAUAUAUAUGAUGGUCAACACGAUAUAUAAGACUAUUAUUUCUAUUUUAGAUUUUUAGCUGACCGAUUUGUGGAGGGAACGUGCCCACUUUGUGGUUUUCACGUACGUUUUCAAGAUGUAUUUGUGUGACUAUGUUUACGCCCUGUACCCAAUUUAUAUUAUCGCAUAACGUACAUGCUUUAAUUGUUACCACAGUUUGGAUAAUCUAAGCAUAUGAUCAGUGAGUUAAUUGGCUGGCAACAAGGGGGAAUUUCGUUCUCGACCAAUCAGCGCAUUUGUUGACAAUUUUAGUUUAAGCCAAUCAGAAUGCGUAAUUGGUCAAUGUAGGCAGUUUCUCUGCGAGGACAGAAAGCCCACUUCCGGUAAAAACAUCCAUUUGAACAGAAAAUAUAGGGUCAUAAAGCUUCGAGGGGUCAGAAUUUUUAAUUUUUUGAUUGGAAUCGACGUGACAAGGUAAAAUAAAAAAAUUGCCGCUGCGAUUUGCGUUUUUUUUCCCUAAUUCUAAAAUUAUUGGCAUUUGAACUUACGCGCUUUAAAACUAGGCAAUAAAACGCAAAUCCCAGCGGCAGAUUUUUAGAAAAUUUCAUAUUUUACCUUGUGACACGUUAAAUCCAAUCAAAAAAUAAAAAAUCCUGGCUCCCUCGAAGCUUUAUUUAAGACCCUAUAUUUUCUGGUCAAAUGUGUGUUUUUACCGGAAGUAGUAACCAAUUACGCAUUCUGAUUGGCUUAGAGCAAAAAUGUCAACAAAUGCAUUUAUUGGUCGAGGACGAAAUUCCUCCUUGUUUUGGCUGGCAGUACCGCAGCAGGCAAAAAGACGAAACGAAUUGAGCAUGCCUAUCGAAGGGAAGAUGGCUGUGAAACCCAUUAGAAUAACAAUAUAACUCAUUAUCUAUGUUAGUCAACGUUUAUUCAUAAAUCUGGUCCUUCAACGUCACGUGUGUAUUGUAUUUUUGCCAAAUCCACCAAUAACAAUUCCCAAUUUGGUAACUUUCCUAAAACAUUGCUAUUGGUUAGUUGGGCAAAAAUACAAUACACACGUGACGCUGAAGAACCAGAGUUAUGAAUAAACGUUGACUAACAUAGAUAAUGAGUUAUAUUGUUUUUCUAAUGAGUUUCACAGCCAUCUUCCCUUCGAUAGGCUAUGAAUUGACUGAUUAGGUUAAUUGUUUAUGCAUAUAGUUGAUGAUUUAGUUACGAAAUGCAUUUAAAAAAAUGAUUGACCUUCUUACAUUCGAAUGGUUAUAGGGCGGGGGUUGGGCAGCGCCAAUACAGAUUUUAAAGAUUAAUAUAUUCCAACAGGAUGCUCGUGGUGACCAAUGUGAUGCUUGUGGCAAACUCAUCAACGCAACUGAAUUAAAGGUAGUACUUUAUAUUUUAUAUAUGGCUUACAUGCAGGCACGUUUCACUAAACACUCUCAUGCUUAACGCUUACUGAAACCCGCAAUCAAUUCCUUACUUCUUAGCUCUUCUUCCCGUUAAGGGACCGGUCAUUAUUUAUGGUGGGGGUGCCACCAACAGAAAUGUUUUUCGUCGCAAUCAUUUUGCUGACUCAACCAUUAAAAAGUCAAAAAUUUGAUUACUUAACCUCAAAUAUCCGUUAAAAAAUAAAUACCCAUGUACCCCUGGCCAAACAUUUUACAAAACGAUACCAUUCAGUUGUUGAGUUUGAUAACGAAUUUCUCAGCAGUUCAAAGUUUCAUGUUAUUUGCACAUGCACUUUUAUUACCCAACCCUUGAGUUGUUUUGUUUUCAUUUAUCCAACCUUUUACUUACUCAAAAUUUUGUUUACCCAACCCUUUUCUCUUCGGUGCCACCCCGCCAUAAAUAAUAACCGGUCCCUAAACUCCAUACAAGUAAAGUUUAAAGAAAAGCUUCUAUGUCACCCCAGCCGUUUGUCAUCAUUAAUAGAGACCUUAAGAUUGACGUUUACGGCAAACGUCAAACCGCUAGCGAGGUUUUUGAUUUUACAACUCUAUUAUACCAGCUUUUACACCAGUUUUAAAAUAUGUUAAACUUAUUAAACUUGUGCUCUUUAGCAAUGAUUCAAGAAAGCAAAUUAACCACUAGUCAUGCCAUUCACCAAAGCAGUAAGUUAAGAUUUGGCGUUUGAAGUUGACGUUUGGCGUAUAAUUAAUUUGCUUUCUUAAAUCAUUGCUAAAGAGCACAAGUUUAAUAAGUUUAACAUAUUUCAAAACUGGUGUAAAAGCUAUAAUAAUAGAGUUGUAAAAUCAAAAGCUAGCGGUUUGACGUUUGCCGUAAACUGGCAACCACCAUAUUUAUGUACCAAAGAUCAGUUUUCCUUUAAAACUCUCAAUACUAAUUUAGAAUUUUUACUGCAGACUUUAAUAUAAUACAAUGUAAUGUGCAGCACAUGUCCUGUCAUAUUGGGUAAUUUAUGCCGUGUAUUUGCUUUCUACUUGCACUUUCUGUUUUUUAGUCUCCUCGAUGUAAAAUUUGUAGUCAAACACCGGCAGUUAAGAAAAGCAAACAUCUUUUCUUAGACUUGACAAAGGUUCGUAUUGGAUUGUUGUUGAAUCUUGUCAAUUUCAGCCAGCCUUCUUGCAGCAGGUUAACUGUUGCAAGAUAUGCAGAAAUAAUCUAUCAGUGUUUGUUUAAAUUGUAUGUUCCGUAUAAGUAGUUGUAUUUAACAACAAUCUGCAGUAGAAUGUAGCCUUUAUAGCCCUAACCACCUGGUAAGGGCCUUCGAAAUGUUUUAAUAAUUUUCAGGUAGUUCAUAGUUCGUGUUCAAAAUUUAUGCAUUCCUUUUGGUUUUUAUUUUCAGUUACAACCCGAGUUAAGUUCGUGGAUAGAGAAAGCAUCAACUGAAGGUAUAUGUUUUACAUGGAAAAGAGUGUCACUGCUUUGAAGUAACAUUUGUCUUUUUUAUACAAUAAAUUAAAUUAGCAUUGUUUUAUUAAUGACGACUGCGUCUGCGACUAGAACGUUUUAACUUUAUCAAUGGACCAUUUGCAUUAUAGACUAAAUUUUGAUCUGGACAAAAAUUUCAUCACAGCUUGAAAGAGCAUCACAAAAUUAGUAAUAUUCCAAAGUUUCGUUGCGAAAUGUUGUAAAAUGCGGAUAAUAUAGCCUUGCGAAAUUUGCAAUUUUCAGUCAUUUUGCAUUAUAAACGGGAAAUUGAUGCCCCAACACCCGAUUGGGCUGUCAAUUUCCCGUGCGUAAUACAAAAUGACUGAAAAACGGCAAACUUCGCAAGGCUAUAUUAUCCGCAUUUUACAACAUUUCGCAACGAAACUUGGGAAUAUUACUAAUUUUGUGAUGCUCUUUCAAGCUGUGAUGAAAUUUUUGUCUAGAUCAAAAUUUAGUCUAUAAUGCAAAUGGUCCAUUAGUAUAGCAUUAUAUUUUAAUGAGAAUCCUUUUGUAGAUGACACAUUUCCGAAAUGAUACAGUUGGAAUAUACAAUCUAAAAGACCUUUAUAUAAUUAGGUCAUCAGCAACAAGAUAAAGGGCUCCAAAACUGAUAUCUCAAUCACGAAAGCGAGGUUCUAUAGUCAAGGCUGAGUACUUUCCGGAAGGGUGUAUUGGAACGAACGCGGCACCGGCCGACGUGAUUGGCUUGAAAUUGAUUAAUACAAAAUAUUACAAAGUGUGUCGGAUGUUUUUAAUGAAAUAUAGCAAAAGUUUGACAGAGGAUUUUUUCUUCUUUAGAAUAAAUCAUUCAUUUUGAACUAAUUUCGAGAUGUUAUAAAGCUUUUAAAGGCCUGCUUUCCACGAAAUGUUUUGAAGACCAAUUCCUUUAAGGUCCAGAGAUGGAAUAAACAUUGUCGGCAUUUGUACAUUGUCUAAUCAUAUAGCGAUUGGCGACUUGUCUGAUGCUCAAACGUGUCAAAAUACUCACAUGUUUAUGUCGUUCUAUUUAACUAUUAGUCGUGUAGUGAUCUUUGGAAUCUUCACACCUGAUCGGCCAAAGAUAUAGUCUCCCCUUUUCUAAAGUUGAGACAGCCUUUUAAUGUUCUCUUAAACGUGUGCUAAAUUGGUGUUUUGGCUGACCUAGAUAUUUUCUCACACUGUCAAUUACCGCAUAGUAUAGAAUACAAAUCAUGAUAUCUGAUACUAUAGGGAACUGGAGCGCAAAUUCCGAAAACAUUACCAAAAGUUGGCUACAGGAAGGUCUGAAACCUCGCUGUAUAACACGCGAUUUAACAUGGGGGACACCUGUGCCACUUGAAGGCUUUACAAAUAAAGUGUUCUACGUUUGGUUUGAUGCACCGAUUGGGUAAGAAAUAUACUAUACAGUUGUAGACUACUUUGCUUAGACUAGAUAGCUGUACCUGUUUGCCCUCCAUAAUGAUUUCAUCCAUUUCUUAUUCAUGCAGUGUUACUAUAGGAGGAACGAUUUUUAGUGGUAAUUAAUGUCAAAUUCGAAGAAGUGGUUUUAUUGGUUUAUGGUUUUCUACGGUUUUCAGUUUUCUACGGUUUCCAGCUCAGAACACAGCAGACUAUCUCUGUUGAAAUGCUUGAACGUGUUAUCAAGACAGCGGCAUUUGUGAAAGUUGCUAAGUUCGGAGUUUAUAUUUUCUUAUCUUUCUCAACACACCUGAGAAUAAUGUGUUGAUUCCACCUUUUUGAACCUUGUAGAUAUCUAUCAAUCACAGCUAACUACACGGACCAAUGGGAAAAGUGGUGGAAGAAUCCUGAGCAUGUCAGUUUAUACCAGUUCAUGGCGAAAGACAAUGUGCCAUUUCAUACAGUUGUAUUUCCAGCAACAUUACUGGGAACCAAGGAACCUUACACCUUACUCAACAGUAUUAAUGCCACAGGUGAGAUGAAUUUCGUUUUUGCACAUAAUUGAUCUGAAAACUAGGACACACGAAAGUGAGAGAAAGGACUGAAAGAAGCAUUUCUAUUCAGACAAUACGUGUCCUUUCUAAUCCAUGAUCAGAAAUUCUAAGAACCUCUUGUAUCAAGUCAGCAACACCAUGCACCACAGAGAUUUGUGGUGGUAACACCAAUAUGUCAUGCAACCACUCCAUUAACUUUGUUCGUGCAUAGCAGGUGCAAAUACGCUGUCCUAGUUUUGCAAUUAUAAGUCUAAGUUGAUAUUAAUUAAGUAUGAAAAGUGUGGCGUUGAAUUGAAUCAUAUAUGCAGGUAGGUAAUAGACGUAACAUACAGUACAUCAUACAUGCAUGUGUGCUUGAUUGUGGUUGUAAUUAAGAGUUUGUACAUUGUCUAACCUCUAGAAAAAGGGUUUUCCUGUCUCCUUAUUUCUUCUUAGUCGUUCUUAAUGCCCAGCACUGAUGUCUACGUAAAAAUGCUUAGGUUCACACGGAAAGCAUGCAUGCAUUUACAAUUUUUUUGUAUAUAUAACACAUAUAUGAAAUAAGUCCUCCCUACCCGCUUUCAGCAUGCAUUAAAUAAUUCUGUAAUGCAAAUAUAAUCAUUAUUUUCUAUGAUAGAGUACUUAAAUUACGAAGACGGAAAGUUCUCCAAAAGUCGUGGCGUAGGUGUAUUUGGUAACGAUGCCAAAGAUACAGGAAUACCUUCGGAUAUUUGGAGAUUCUAUUUGCUGCAAACUCGACCUGAAUCACAAGUGCGUUAAGUACACUCGAAUUUAGUUUGUUCACAUUAAUUAAAAUCACUUCAUUGCUUUUAUUGCCUCAUCUUGGACUGGUUAAUUGUCACUUGUUCAUUUGGGGCUUAUGUAAACAACCUCUAAUUAAAACAUCGCUUGCUAUUCAGGACACUGUGUUUGCCUGGGCGGAAUUUGCUAUGAGGAACAACACAGAGUUGCUGAACAAUUUGGGAAACUUCGUCAACAGGUUAGCUCUUACACUCAAAGUCUCCAACUGUUUCUAUGGCAAUAGCUCAAAAUACCGAAUAUAGUGAAAGCCUAAAAGGCUAUCUAAUUACAGUUAUUUUAACAUAAUGUGGCCUUAUUUUCCUUCCUAAUAUUUUUCUUUCCAUACCAUGCAGAGCUCUGGUGUUUUUGAACAACAACUUCAAUAAGAAAAUGCCAUCAAUAAUAUUGAAUGAUGAAGACAAGAAACUGAUUGCUUUAGUAAACCGCGAGUUGAAACAAUAUAUCCAGUUGAUGGAUCUCAUCAAGUAAGCAGCUCUGACUUGCAUAUAAUUAUAACAUAUAGUGAUGCAGGGUCUAUUUAGGGUAGGGCGUAAUUGCCUCAGAUACUUUCCACGAGUGAUUUACUUCAGUAAUUGGCGGCUUAACUGAUGCUUGAUUAAAUCAUAAAUAGAAUAUCGUCACCGCUCGUGGAAGUCAAAAGUGAAGGCCUAAAUUUUAUCGGGGGAGUAUUCUCCUUCAUCCUCCUAUACCAGAUUUAGAUCUGACGUUCCAUUGUUUUAUACCGUCAAUGUAUACGACCAUAUACUGUACACGCGCUAUUUGGAUGCAACAUUGAAAAGAUCAGACCCCCUCACCCGGCAUAGUGUUCACCACCGUUUCUUGGUGAUGCAAAUUAGAUUUAAAAAGACGCUUUCAAAUAAACGAGUUGAGCAGUAGACAUACGUUAACUUUCUUUCAUUCAUGCAUGCCAUCACCAGAUAUUAUAUCUUAAUAUGCUUACAAUUCAAGGAUCUUUUUUAGAAUGAGAGAUGGUUUAAAAGUUGUGCUGAAUAUUUCUAAGCUUGGUAAUCAAUAUAUUCAGGCAAAUAAACCUUGGGUAUUGGUCAAGGGCAACGAUGAUGAAAGGUACAGGCAUCAGUUAUUUUUUAAUGAGUGUGGUGCAAUUUCAUCACAUUUUAUAAGCAUUUAUAGUUUCGUAGAUCGUUUUCGUACCAACCAUAAGUUAAAACAUAAUACAUUGAUGAUUUACAUGUUUAUAUAUUUCCACCCCUGGUCGAUGUUUUUCUUCAUAAUGUUUAAUAUUUUAUUUCAGGUCAAGGGCUGGCAGUGUGAUUGGUCUUGCAUGCAACUUGACAAGUUUAUUGUCUGUUCUCAUUCAUCCUUUCAUGCCAGGUGUUAGCGCGGAAAUCCGAAAACAACUUCAGGUAUAUAUAAUUAUAUAUAUACAAGAUUGCUAAAAAAUGACAGUAUACUCAAGUAGUACUAAUAGGCCAUAUUGAACUAGUCUACUAAUAGGCCAUAUACAAUGAUUUCUCCUUGAAUUUUGAGACUGGUUAAUUCGGUAAAUUUAGAUUAAUUUGUCCAUAACUACCAUAAAUUGAAACACAAUUAAGGAAACACAAUUACGUACUCUAAUAAUAAUUUUCUUUAACUUUAUGCAACGAAGAGAACUAGUUGCAUUGGUGUUGUGUGGGAAACCCAGUUUCUAACACCACAAAAAUGCAGAAAUACAGGCAUUUUAGGAGUUCGUCUUCUACAGGUAGACGGAGUAAAUAUGCUCCUCCAAUUAGUAACAUACGUGGUAUUUAUACAGGCAAUAAUCAGCUGCAUCAAUAGUUGGAUCAAUACUUUAUUGUCGAAAUGCUUUAGAUGAGUUACUAAUAAUGAUAUUUGGUGAGCCGAAAAAUUGUUAAUGCAAAUUGCAAGUAAAAUGACGUUAUCAUACUAAUAUGAUCGAUGUUUAUCGAACCAGUCUCAUAUAGGUCUUAAACCACUUGAAUGUGCAGCUCGACGUAUAUGAAAUACUCUUUUUUUACAUUCUUUUUAAAAGUAGCCUACGUAUACAUAGGCUAAUAAAGUUAAUUCCUGAAAACAAUAUCUCAUUUUAAAUUUAAACAAACUUUAUUUUAGGUUUCUGACGAACAUUGUGUCAUUGUUGAUUCAUUUGUACCACAUCUGGAAACUGGUCACAUUAUUGGCGAGGUAUGAGGAAGUACUUUCAAAUCUUUAUAAAGAAAUAACAUUUUCAUUGAGAACAUCAAUAUAUAUAAUCUCCAGGUUCUAGAAUAACUAUAUAUUUAUAUUGUAUACUUAUUUGAUACUUAUACUUUGAUAUCGCCUUUAAAUGUCUUUCUUUUAUUUCAGCCCAAACCUUUGUUUGAAAAAAUGGACAGCAACAAAAUGGAAGAAUUCCGACAACUUUAUUCUGGGCAACAAAGUGAUCGAAAUAAGGUAAUAUAUAUUAUAUAUUAUAUAUAUCAGUGUGUGUGUGUGUGCAUGUGUUAUGUGCAUGUGAAAGACAAACCAAAUCAUGCAUAAUAGAAUAAAAUCUAAAAUGUAAUGCUAUAGUAAUGCUUAAGGUUAUAUAUAUUAUUAUAUAUAUUAUAUAUACACAUGCACAUCACGACCGAGCCCUGCAAUUAACUAUUCUCUCUUAAAUUUAAUCCCAUAGCUGCACAUAGGCUAAUUAUUAAGCCUUUUUCUAUCCAAAGCUCUCCCUUUCUGUGGGGUUUUUAAUGUCUGUGACGUAAAUAACAUGUGUCAGAGAAUCAUCCAACCGCCAAUGACCCUCCCCAAAAAAUGUUUACCACAAAUUUCCGUCUGUCCCUUCCCAAUCCUGCUUAAAGAACUGUUCUGGUUGUUGAAUCUCAACAGAAAAGGUGUUACGCUGCUUCCCACCUAUUGUUUUUUGCACUUUCUAUAUGUAAUCUGAAUUGAUGAUUAAUGCCGAAAGUCCGUCCUUACACCGUGCUAUUAAAAGUGUCACCAAUCACAAUCGAAUCGCAUAUUUUACUUUUCUUUCUUUUCACAUUUAAACAUCCAUCCAACAAUCUCCUCUGUUUUACGUAAUUUCGCCCUGUCUAUAUAGAUGGUUCUUAUUAAUUAAGGUUUCUUGUCUCCGAAAACAUAUCAUAAGCUGUUGAGACAUUUUACUGUAGAAAACGUAUAGGUGAAAAGUUAACCAUGCUUUAAAUUCUUCAAUAUAUGUCAUAGAGAGAACAUAAAGUACGGUGAUAAUCAAUACCCAAACCAACUCUGUUACCCUCUUUACUAUUUCUAUUUUCCAAAAGCAUUAAUCUAUCAACCUUUCUCGUCUGGCUAAACUGAUUCUCUAUGUAGCUAUGUAUUCCCUACCAUAGCCCCUAUUCAUCAAGAAACCUCUCAACUCAUUUAUAUGCAGCCUCUUUUCAAAGGUUCCAAAGGAAUUCGGAAUUUCCUUCUUAUAACAUAUAGAUAUAUAUGAAAAAGUUUACUCAAUGAACACUACUAUACUACAUGUUGAAAUUUUCACGUGGGAAGUAAUUAGUAAUCCACGUCGAAACAUUUUCUUUUUAGGGAAAGCCAACAGAAGAAGAAAUAAAAGCUCUUGAGGGUGAUAUUGCAAAACAGGUCAGUAUUUUGAUAUUUUUGAGAAAUUGAAUUUAAUAUUGAUGUAAAGCAAAAAUCUCUGAGUAGAACUUUAAACUCUGACAGAUAUUAGUGAAGAACCACUGAUAUUUGUAAAUCUGUAUGUAUACAUCAUGUGUAUAUAUCAUGUGUCAGUGGGUUGAACUGGCGAUGUUGCACUUAUUAUUGAGACUAGUGCACAUAUUUAUUUCGAGUUUUCGUUAUGAAUGGCUAGUAAGUGAAAUGUUGUUAUUCUAGGGUGAUGUUGUACGUCAGCUAAAGGCAAGUAAAGCUGAGAAAUCAACGAUCGACGCCGAAGUGGCUAAACUGCUGGAUCUUGAAAAGAAAUUGAGUCUAGCAACUGGAACCAAACCAAAUGAGAAAUGAGUGAAAUGACACUUCUGCCAAGAAAAAGAACAAGAGAACGAAUAAAUAAUUGAUUGAUAAAAAUAAAACUAUAAUGAAAUAAUGUUUUAAAAACUGAAAUAGAAAAGUUCGACAAAAACAUUUCUUUCUUCACUAGGACAUUGACGGUUAGAGUUUCACCUAUGACCGCGACCGUUUAAAGUUUAAUUUAGUAUUGACAAUGCUGAAAUAAUGCGAUUGCAUGAAGUGUAUUUUGUGCGGUAUUAAUUAAGAGUCUUAAGAGAUAUUAAACUCAAGUCAAGAAUAAGCACGAUUAUUAUUCAUUGUACUGUGUUCUCGGUUUUUCAUUGGCUAAGAGCCUACAAAUAAUUUUGGGUAUUUGUAGGUGCCUGCGCUAUUUCCAGCGCAAACAGUAAUCUGCAGAGGUUAUUGGACAGCGCCCGAGAUAUUUCAGCGGUAUUUUAUGUGAAAAUACAACUUGGAGGGAAAUUUUUAGUUGAGCAAUGAUCAAUUCAAUGAAUAUUUAUUUGUUUUCAAUUGUUGCUUGUUUUGUUUUCUUUCUGUCACAAAAUGAAUAAUAAAACAAAUAUUGAAUUCGGCUUGCGCAGGAUAGCAGAAUUAUUUAGACCUCGGUCAAUGUUAUCUGCCUCAGCCUUCGGCUUCGGAAGAUAACAUUGACCUCGGUCUAAAUUACAGGCCUUAAAAUAUCGGUCGGUCACGGACAUUGUCCGACCCAUUCGUGAAAUUGUCCGACGUGGAAAGAAAACCACCGGACAUUCUGUCCGGCCAAAGUGAAACUGAGGUUUAUUGUUUGUCCGCGACCCGAGUGUAUUGGUGUCCGACCGAAUUGUAGCUUUGUCCGACGUAAAUCAAAAUGUACCCUAGCCCAGGACUAGAUGCUUGUAUAUUAAAUGGAAAAUCAGAGUACUAUUGUAUAAAAGGUCACUGAUUAAAUGUUGGAGGGGGGGGUCCUAAGUUUUCUAGAUGAAGGUGAGGGCGUCUUGAAAAUAAAGGUCAUGUGAUUGGGGGCGGCUCUAAAAAAGUCCAAUAUUUGGUAUUUAUCACCCACCGCCCCCCUCCCAUUAUUAAUGCCCACUCCCUAAGUGCGCUAUUUGAACCGGCUGUUGAAUGAUAUGCAAGGCGACUCUGCGGCUGCAGCCGCAAUUUCUGACUACAGAUAUAAUACAGGGCGUCUAAAAAAACUACGCUAUGGAAAUUCAACAGUCUAUCGUGCAUCAUAAACUUAGCUAAACAAUUCAAUUUUUACACAGGACGAAAGAGCUGUUAUUUAGCUUUUUAUGAUACCUUUUGUAAACCGUAACGAUAAGAAAUGGCCGGUCAAAAUCACAUUCUUCCACCGUUGUGAAUUGAAAAUACAUUAAUUACUAGUAUACCUAUCAGUAGUAAAUGCUGACUUGCUCAUUAAUUUGACGACAUGUCAAACUAACGGCCUCCUCUUUUCAUAUUAACAACCUCAGUCAAAGGUUAAAUACAAUCGUAACCUCCUAACUCGUACCCUGAUAGCAGAGCCUGAUUUCCCCUCGCGUAGAAAUAAGGCUCUGCCGUUUUUGUUUCGUUCCCCGCAGGAACGAAACGGUACUGUGUUUGGUUUCGAGCAAUGUCACAGGAAAGUGACGUCAGAUAUCAAAGUUAUCCAAUCUUUUGCCAGUAUUCUUGCUGAAACGUCAAUUACAUUUAGAAUCGUCCAAUGAG